AUGCUGCACCUCCUGGCCCUCUUCCUGCACUGCCUUUCGAUGGCCUCUGGGGACUAUGACAUCUGCAAAUCCUGGGUGACCACCGAUGAGGGCCCCUCCUGGGAGUUCUAUGCCUGCCAGCCCAAAGUGAUGCGCCUGAAGGAUUAUGUCAAGGUGAAAGUGGAGCCUUCGGGCAUCACGUGCGGAGACCCCCCUGAAAGGUUCUGCUCCCACGAAAAUCCCUACCUGUGCAGUAACGAGUGCGAUGCCUCCAACCCCGACCUGGCCCACCCACCCCGGCUUAUGUUUGACAGGGAAGAUGAGGGACUGGCCACCUACUGGCAAAGUGUCACCUGGAGUCGCUACCCCAGUCCCCUGGAGGCCAACAUCACCCUCUCAUGGAACAAGAGUGUAGAGCUGACAGAUGACGUGGUGAUGACUUUCGAGUAUGGCCGGCCCACGGUCAUGGUCCUCGAGAAGUCCCUGGACAAUGGCCGCACCUGGCAGCCUUACCAGUUCUAUGCAGAAGACUGCAUGGAGGCCUUUGGCAUGUCCGCCCGCCGGGCCCGAGACAUGUCACCCUCUAGCGCCCACCGGGUGCUCUGCACAGAGGAGUACUCACGCUGGGCAGGCUCCAAGAAGGAAAAGCAUGUGCGCUUCGAAGUAAGGGACCGCUUCGCCAUCUUUGCCGGCCCUGACCUGCGCAACAUGGACAACCUGUACACGAGGCUGGAGAGUGCCAAGGGCCUCAAGGAGUUCUUCACCUUCACCGACCUGCGCAUGCGACUGCUUCGCCCCGCGCUGGGCGGCACCUACGUGCAACGGGAGAACCUCUACAAGUACUUCUACGCCAUCUCCAACAUAGAAGUCAUCGGCAGGUGCAAAUGCAACCUGCACGCCAACCUGUGCACAGUGCGCGAGGGCAGUCUGCAGUGCGAGUGUGAACACAACACCACGGGCCCCGACUGUGGCAAGUGCAAGAAGAACUUCCGUACACGGGCCUGGCGAGCUGGCUCCUACCUGCCGCUGCCCCAUGGCUCUCCCAAUGCCUGUGCUGCUGCGGGCUCCGCCUUUGGCAGGCAGACCAAGCCACCUACUGUUGCCCCCCUUGGUGAUAGCUCCCUCUGGCCCCAGGUGUCCACCAGUGCAGAAGCUGUGCCUAUCUCGGCUGCUGUCCCCUCCCAAGUCAAGGGCUCCAUACUUUUCCAGCUCAAGCCCAGAUCUCCUCAAGUGAUACCCAUUGAAGAAUUUCAAGACUGUGAGUGCUACGGCCAUUCCAACCGUUGCAGCUACAUCGACUUCCUGAACGUGGUGACCUGCGUCAGCUGCAAACACAACACUCGAGGCCAGCACUGUCAGCAUUGCCGCCUAGGCUACUACCGCAAUGGCUCUGCGGAGCUGGACGACGAGAAUGUCUGCAUUGAAUGUAACUGCAACCAGAUCGGCUCUGUGCAUGACCGGUGCAACGAGACAGGCUUCUGCGAGUGCCGGGAGGGCGCCGUGGGGCCCAAGUGCGAUGAUUGCCUUCCCACGCACUACUGGCGCCAGGGAUGCUACCCCAACGUGUGCGACGACGACCAGCUGCUCUGCCAAAACGGCGGCACCUGCCUGCAGAACCAGCGCUGCACCUGCCCGCGCGGCUACACCGGCGUACGCUGCGAGCAGCCCCGCUGCGACCUCGCUGACGACGGUGGCCCGGACUGUGAUCGCGUGCCAGGCACCGCCCCGCGCCCCGACACCCUGCUCGGAUGCCUGCUGCUGCUCGGGCUCGCCGCCCGCCUGGGCUGCUGA